AUGCAUUUAUGUCGACAAUUUCCAGGAGUUGCUGUAUUAGAUGGAUUAUUGUAUGUUAUUGGUGGAGAUGACGGAACUUCUACUUUUGAUUCUGUAGAAUCUUACAACCCCAAGACUAAAACCUGGACCAUGGUCACAACAUCUUUGAAUAAUGCACGGACUGCAGCAGGAAUUGUAGCGAUUGAAAGGCCACGAAAUUUUAAAACUUAUUAG